AUGUUCUCUAUGCAAACUGAGAACCCGGACAACUCCUCUGCGGGGCAAGAAGGAUCGAGGCCUGCAUCGAACAACUAUUCGGGCCGCACUGGUCUGUUGCCAAAGGAAUUUCAGAUUUAUGUUGGAAACCUUAACUGGAAGGUCUCCAACGAGGACCUGAAGAACUUUUUCGGGGAAUUCGGAGACGUCAAGUUCGCCAAGGUGGUCAUGGAUCGCGAGAACCCCUUUCGCUCCCGAGGAUUUGGCUUUGUCGGGUUCGCAAACGCUGAGCAGGCUCAGAAUGCUGUUGAGAAGUGCGACCAGGAAGAGUUCAUGGGAAGGAAGAUUAUGGUGAACAUGGCAAAGCCCAGAGUGCAGCGGGAUGAUCAGGAGGAGUAG